AUGCAGUCACUUGCAGCUGAAAUGAGUAAACUACGGGCUGAAAAUGCAUCUCUGGUGCGAGAAGUUUCUAGUAUGAAACCAGAGAUCACUCGGCUUCGUUCCCAGAACAGCUCUUAUCAGACUAUACUCUCGGAAAAGCUCUCUUUAGAACGCCAAGUCAGCUCCCUUGAGGUUGAACUCCGCGAUACAAAGCGCAACUCAGGAAAAGGGAGGGUCUCCCAUAUAUCGAAUAGAACGAUCAUGAGCCCAGAACACGACGUAAAUGUCAACGGCGAGCCUCAAACUCGCAAGUCUUCAACCCAUACCUCCAAAUCAGAUACCCGGGGUGUAAUGGUGUCGAAGAAACAGACUACGGUGAAGGUUCAACAUUCCAACAUGUCUCCUGCUCGCCGCAAGCAGACCGAAACCUCUGUAGAUGCAUCAGAGAACCCUUCAUGCCGCCUAUAUUUUGGUACGGAUGCAUCUAUAGGGACACCGGGACCGAACCACAUGUCAAAGCUACCAACGAAAAUAUCCGCAGCUCCUGGAGACAAAUCAAUAUUUUCUAUUACCCCAUUUCUGAACCGUCAAAGUCAUGACUUCACGGUAAACUUCACAUCCAGCGAAAGUGAUAGUGAUGGUCUUUCAUUCGCGGAGGCCAAUCCUUCGAAGAUUAAGGAAAGGAGUCUACCGGCAUAUGAAAACGAGGCCUCCACCACGAAUAAACGCAAAUCAAAUGCCCAGCCGCUAAAGAAUCCCCCGAAAUCGACCAAUAUUCCGAAAUUCACAAAUGGCCCAGCACCGCGGGUUAGCAAUCGUCUCCAGAAGCAAAAGGAUACGAAAAGACUUGUCCGAAGACGAUGGUCUUCCGGAUCCCGUCAAAAAGCGACGAAUACUUAG